AACUGCCAGAAAAAGCUAAAGAAGAAGAAGGAGAAGGAGAAGAAGAAGAAGAGCAGGUCGCUGGUUGUUAGUGAGGUUUUGCAACGUAACAGUGCUCAGUUCAGUUCUCCUGGUCAGAUAUAUCGCCUAUCUGACUGCAAUGAUCCACUCUGAGAAGGAUCUGUCUCCAGAGUUUGGAUAACCGGGAUCCAGGAACUGCUUUGAGCUCAAGCCGCCCUUCCUGGAGCAUCUCCUGACAGUCGCCUCGACAUCCCCAGUGGCUCCCAGGACAUGAGCAGCUCGGCUCAGAGAAAGAGGAGGGCAGCAGGAAGUUCUCAGGUCUCCAGAACCAAGACCAGCAGAGCAACCAACAGUCGGACCUCUGCCCGCAGGAUGGCUGACAACAGCAACCCUAGCAGAGAACCCAUCGAUGUGAUGGACGGUGCGGAGGAUGGUGUGGAGGAGGUGGUGGACCUGACCUGUGAGGGAUCAGAGGGUGCUGUGGUCGACCUGACGACAAACGGCGACUCUGUGCUGCUUGUGGAUGAAGGAUCUCUGACUGAGGGAGUCCCUCCAGGUGAGAGCUAUGUGCUCAGCAGCGAUGAAGACGAAGACACACCAACUCUCCUUCAUGGGGCCAUUAUAUCCUCUGAACACCCAUCCAGGUCGACUCCGGGUCUGAUCAGCUGCCCUGUCUGUUUGGAUCUCUACUCUGAGAUCGUUGGAAGUGGCCGAUUGGUUGUUUCCACAAAGUGUGGUCAUGUGUUCUGCAGCCAGUGUUUGAGAGACGCCCUGACAUCAUCACACACCUGUCCUACCUGUAGGAAGAAGCUCACCUCUCGCCAAUACCACCCUCUUUACAUCUGACACCACUUGAAUUCCUCGGCUGUCUGCUAUUGGCUGUCCUUAUUGACAUCAUUACUGACAUUAGAGGGAUUAUUGCUGCAGAAAUGUUAAUUGUAUUUUUUUUUUUCUACUUCCAAAUGGGAGAUUGGAGGAUGUAAUUAUUGCUUAUAUAUUUUUUUUUUGUUGUUUUUUGGGAAAUAAAUAUUAAUGACAAACAGA